CUAUAGGCUACCUAGAUGAUAGAUGAAAUAUGGGCCUAUGAUAAGACUGCGAUAAUGAUGACUACCUAGCUGACUACCUACCUAGGUAGGUAGGUAGCUAACUAGUAGGAAAAUGAAAAUAAAGUUGCAUUAUCGAUAAUCAAUCUUCCCUUUACAUACCUCCUACCUAAGGUAGUACGAUUACUUUAAUUUUGAGUCUAUAAGUCGCACUUACUUACCUCACUGCUUUAGCUUAGGUAGUUCGUAAUUAAUUGGGGUAGUACCGACCUAACCUGAGGUACCUAACCACUGGUUUCACUGGUCCUUUAUAAGAUUCCGUACUUUUUACUUUUUACCUUUUUCUACUUUUUACCAACGCCGAACAAUUACAACAUCAAACCAAAGCCCCAGACUACCAAUUACCACCACAGCCCGAUCAUGGCACCACCUGCCGGCAAGCGCGUCAAAGGCGUGCAGAUCUACCGACCCUUCAUCUACGGCACCACCGCGCGCCCCUUCAACGACACCGACAACCCGCGGCCCGCCGGCGUCCCCGCCGACCACACCCACUCGUGGCAGGUGUUCGUCAAGGGGGUCGACGACACGGACAUAUUCUACUGGCUGCGCCGGGUGCAGUUCAAGCUGCACGAGUCCAUCCCGAACCACCUGCGGACGAUCGACGCCGAGACCAUCGCCAAGGAGAACGAGGGGAAGCCCGCCUCCCAGCGCCAGAAGGCCUUCGUCGUCAACGAGACGGGAUGGGGCGAGUUCGAGAUCACCAUUCGAUUGUACUACGACAGCCGCAGCGGCGAGAAGCCCCAGACCUUGUACCACCAUCUGAGGUUGCACCCGUACGGCCGCACCGAGGCCGAGAAGGAGGCCAUGCGCAACGGCGGCGAGGUCGUCGCUUGGGUCUACGAGGAGCAGCUGUUCAACGAGCCCUUCGAGGACUUCUACAAGGUCCUGACGACCGGCGCGCGCGAUAAGAACGCCCCGGCCGGCGGUAAGGGCGGGAGUGGCAAGGGCAAAGGUAAGAGCGCGCAGCAGCAGUCUGGAGACGGCAACGGUAGUGGUAGUAGUAGCAGCGAGGUGAAGGAGCGCAGCGCCAUGAUCCCGCUGAGCAACCGUCCCGGCCAGCCCUUCAGCCGCGAGACCGAGCAGCUGGAGAUCAAGAGGCUCAAGGAGGCCGAGGAAAAGGUGCAGCAGAUGAUCCUCGAGAUGACCAAGUCCGUCAAGGCCAAGGAGGCCGAGCUCGCCGCCCUGAAGAAGGAAUCGGCGGCGGCCGCCGCCUCCGGUGCGUAGGAACCGCCGGCGAGAGGUACGCGGAGACGCGGCAGGCCAAGAAGUAAUAAGAAGAACAAGAAGAGAGAAAAGAAGAGCAUUGCGGAUAUGCAGUUGGACGACAAUGACGAGGAGAAACAAGAAGAACCAGGAGAUGAAGAAUAUGAAGAACCAGAAGAAGAAUGUGAAGAAGAAGAAGAAGAGGACGAUGAUGACGAUGAUGAAGAAGAAGAAGGAGGAGAUAAGGGCAAGCGGACCGGAAAACGCCUUGCUAUUAAAUUGAAGACUCCCGAGAAGGCCCCCAAGAAUAAAAGAGGGCCGCGAAAGGCCUGAGAAAUGGGCGAAUAGUCCAUACGCCC